AGUACCGCUCCGGAGACCGGAUUUCGCCGACGGCAGCCGACAUUGAGUGGCUGAAGGAUCAGAUCUCUCGAAACGGACUUCAUAUGCAAGACAAUGUGUUGAGAAAAGGGAUUAAUCCCCGCACUAGAGCUCAGCAACUUCAAGAUCUCAUCCAAUUCAAAGGCAUAUCACAUUAUGAAGAGCCUGAAGCGAACAACCACACAGCCCUCCCAUGCCCCGGUGAGCUCCUUGUGGAGGAGCAUCACAGCAACUAUGGGGAGCCCUGGGCAGGUGGUCGAGAUGUGUUUGAGUUCCUUGCUGAGGCUAGUCACUUGGCGCCCAAUUCACGUGUCCUUGAGAUUGGGUGUGGUACGCUUCGUGUAGGCCUGCAUUUUAUUCGGUAUCUAAGUCCUGAACACUUUCAUUGCCUUGAGCGAGAUGAGCUCUCAUUAAUGGCUGCAUUCAGAUAUGAACUUCCUGCUCAAGGUCUUUUAAAUAAGCGCCCUUUGAUUGUGCGAGGCGAGGAUAUGGAUCUUACGCAGUUUGGUUCCAGAGUUGUGUACGAUUUGAUAUAUGCCAGUGCUGUGUUUCUUCAUAUGCCUGAUAAACUUGUGUGGGUUGGACUGGAGAGAUUAGCUAAUAAGUUGAAACCUUAUGAUGGGCGAAUCUUUGUGUCACAUAAUAUAAAGUUUUGUUCACGUUUAGGAGGGGAGGAGUGUACCAAGAGGCUCACAAGCUUGGGACUUGAAUAUAUUGGGAAGCAUACACAUGAUAGCUUGCUUUUUAAUCACUAUGAGAUCUGGUUUGAGUUUAGGCGGUCCAAGGCUUAGGAUUUCUUCAGCAUUGUCUUUUUGGGUUUAAUUCUUUGUAAAACUGAAUUAACAGGUGAAGUUAUAGCUUAUGAUUGACCUCUCUACAAUUGUUGUGUUGUCUCUGGUAACUCCCCCAGUGUUUUGGAAGGUUAACUUAUUAGCUGUUGAUAGAUGGGGUGUGGAAGAGUUGAUGAUUUCGCAGAUUUUUAUCAAAGUGGAUCAUCAGUUUGUGUUCAGCUCGGGGAUAUUCUUUGUACUUUUCAACGAAAAGGAUCAUGCAUAACUCAGAACUUUCGGGAUUCAGUACUGAAUUGCUAAGAUGGGAGAGGUUCAUGUUAUUUGUGACCGUCAAAUUAUGUAGUUUUGUAUUCAAAAUGCUGAUAGCACAGCAGAAAUUCUUUUGAGCAAACACUGAUGAGUGUAUGAAACUGUAACGUGAACGUAUUUUUCAUUGUACUUGGAGAAAACUUGAAUAUAUUUUCUUGAAUGGUCAUGAUAAUU